AUACAAGCGCACGUGGCACAAUGAUCGUGAGAAGAGGAGCUGGAGGGCGUCGAAGGAGGCCAACACGGUGUCGUGUUCGGGAAGCGUGGAAAUUCAAAAAACGAAGCUAGUGUGUUUCUCUGAUGCGCAAACGCAGAUCUGAGAGUCGCACUGCCGCACAGAUGUCGGCGAUUCGACACGAGACCACCACUGCUCCCUGAUGCUUGUCCUCGCGCCGCUUCUCUCGGUGGUGGUGGUGCUGCUGCUGUCGCCGCUGCAAGUGGCGUCGCAGAGCCUCGCCAACUCGGGCGCAUGCCCUGCAACGAGCGGCCUGGCGCGCGACGUGGGCCAGACGCAGACGCUGGGCGCCGGCGAGGCCGCCUACAUCGACCGGCGCACAAAGGUCGUACAGCAGGCCUGGCUCGACAAGCUCUCGGCGCUCAACCUCUCGUCGGAUGCUGUGACGGCGAUGAUCCAGAAGGACCCGCCGAGGAUCGCGUUUGCCAUGAGCGGCGGCGGACUGACGGCGACUCUCUUCAACACGGGCUAUCUCCAGGGCCUAGAUGCGCGCAACGCAACAGCGCAGGCCAGGGGCACCGCAGGCCUCCUCGACCUCUUUUCAUACAUUGGCGGCCUCAGCGGCGGCAGCUGGGCCCUGGGCACGCUCGCCCUCAACGACUGGCCGACGGUGCAGUCGCUCCACGACAACGUCUGGCAGCUCGAGGACGGCGGCCUGCCCGCUGUGCCGCCGCGGCUCAGCGCGACGGACCUCGUCUCGCCCCUCGUCGCCGCGCUCAACCAGGCUGGCCAGCUCCUCAGCGGCGUCCUCACCCCCGGCCUGAGCGUCGUCAACGUCUGGGGCACCCUCCUGGCCGGCCACUUUGUCGCGACCAGCAGCCCGUUUACCGCGCAGUGGUCCGACAUCAGCAGCACGCCGUCGUUCCAGAACGCGUCCAAGCCCUUUCCCCUCGUCACGGCCAUCGACUACCAGGGCGCAGCGCUGCGGCCCGCGGGCGGCAAUGCGACCAUCGUCGAGUUUAAUCCGUACGAAUUCGGCUCGUGGGACCCUGCCAUCGCCGCCUUUGCCAACAUCAGCGUGAUGGGCACGCCCCUGACGGGCGGCAACGCGCCUCAGGACGGCCAGUGCGUCCUGGGCUAUGCCACUGCGUGGGUCCACCUUCUUCUUGGUGCUGGAAUGCAUCGAUGGCACUGACCCCCUCUGUCCACAGCGGCUACGUCAUGGGCCUGUCGAGCGCCAUCUUCAAUAGCUAUGCGCAGGGCGCGUUCAGCACCUUUAUCAAUAACCUCGACAUUCCCUCGCAGGUCCGGGGUCUCGUCGCUGUCCUGACCAACGUGAGUGUCGCGCAAGACCACCGCGAGAGAGAGAG